CCUAGUGGCUUCCUCUUUAAACCCUUCCCAUCGUUCUCUUUCAUAUCGGUAAAACCCUAGCCUCCCUGCUUCCUCCCUCUCAAAGAAACAGGCUUUCAAUCCGCCGAAAAAAUGACCGGAGAAGCUGUGAAUCCAAAAGCAUACCCACUAGCUGACAGUCAGCUUACAAUUACGAUAUUGGAUCUUGUUCAACAAGCCGCUAAUUAUAAGCAGCUUAAAAAGGGUGCCAAUGAAGCUACAAAGACCCUCAACAGGGGUAUAUCUGAGUUUGUAGUGAUGGCAGCAGAUGCCGAGCCUCUUGAAAUUAUUCUCCAUCUUCCCCUUCUUGCUGAAGACAAGAAUGUUCCAUAUGUUUUUGUUCAUUCAAAGGAAGCCUUAGGUCGAGCAUGUGGAGUUACAAGGGCUGUGAUUGCAUGUUCAGUGACAAGUAAUGAAGGCAGCCAAUUGAGAUCUCAAAUACAACAACUCAAGGAUGCGAUUGAGAAGCUUUUGAUUUAAACAGGAAAUAUGGAAAUUCGGUGUGAUGGGCCUUUGUGGAUUUGAGUUUUGACUCCAUUGUUAGAGGCUUUGAUCUUUCUUUUUCCUAUAAAUUUUAUCAAUUAAUGUACUGAAUUUUUUGUUUUUUGUUUUCAAUCUUGAUGCAUUUUUGCAACCAUGAACACUAUGAUUUCUAGUUUUGUGUAACAGUGAAGUUUUAUAUGCAACUUUUCUUUGUCCUUAGACUAA